AUGCCAAAAUCAACGCACUUGACAAGCAACAGUGACGAUGACUGGGGCGAUGACGCACAAGAGAAGUCAGACGAAGAGGACAGCUCUGAGGAUGAAUUUAGCAGUCGUGCGAAGAGAGACAACCUCGCCAAGGUCUUGUUUGGCGGUAUGACUGGCGGCUCUGGCUCAUCUACGCCAACCGUUGGUGCUGACACCCCAACGACACCUAGCAGUGCUCCAAAUGCACCUCCAGCACCCAAACCUCAACCCAAACCUCAAUCUCAACCAAGAAGCGCGCCAGCCCCAUCAAAGCCUGCUGACAGAGGCUCAUUGAUGACGCAAAUCCAAGGCGGGAAGUCGCUUAAAAAGGCCCAGACUAAUGACAGAUCCAAACCUGCCUCUGGUGGUGGCGUGAUUGGAGACGAUACCCCUCCUCUUCAUAUUAGUGACGCACCGAGAGAGCAUAUUGAACCUGAACCUGAACUUGAAUCACAACCCGCAGCUGCUCAACUUGAAAGUAAGUCACAUAAAAAGGAUAACAGACAGAGUGUUGAUUGGAUCUCUGGUUUAGCUGCCGAUGGAGGUGUUGUUCAGCGCGCGCCUGAGCUCGGCAAUGUCGCAGAAGAACAUGAAGAGGACUAUGUCAAAGUUCCGUCAAUCAAUGUCGAUCCAACAGACACUCUUUCAGAGGAAUUUGAUCUGCACUGUGUCGUUAAAUGUCGCUCGCUCUACGCUUACGCGCCACAGAGGGACGAGGAUCUCGCUUUUACUGAGAACUUCAUCAUCGACGCUAACCCAUGCCGCGACCCAGAAAGCCCUUGGUGGUAUGGCAAGCUCACGGCUUCAGGCCAAUCCGGAUACCUGCCAAAAGCAUACGUAAAAGAACUCGAUAUUCCUGUCCAAGCUAAGGCACUUUACGACUACACGGCAAACUCUGAAGAUGAGUUCCCCUUAUAUGAUGGCCAGUUUGUUACCGUAGUCGAUAGAUCUGACAACGAUUGGUGGAAGAUUUCAACAGAAGACGGCCUUAUUGGGAACAUUCCUGCUGCUUACGUGGAGUUGGAAUCAGAGUCGGAUAGAGAUACCUCGUCGAUGCAAAACAUCAAGUCAAAUACAGAAGAGUCAUCAGGAUCGCCUUCAACGCCAGAGCAAGAGCCAAAGCCAGAACUAGAACCAGAGCUAGAGCUUACACCCAGACCUCGACCUGUUCGAGAAGCAGCACCCGAUAUAUCACGACCACAGAGCACGAUAGAGUCACCCAUACAUGCAGCUGAUACAGCCGAUACAGGGAAAUCGGCGGAAAUAAAAGGACGUAGACACCGCUCGCAAUCGGAUGCGACUCAACUUAAACGCUCUCGCGAUCAGCCACACUCACACUCACAGUCGCUGCAGUCUCAGACAUCGAGCAAGCUUGGCGAUUUCCUUGGGAGGUUCAGAUCAAAUUCGACAGCGACUUCAUCAACGGCUGACGAUACGUCAUCUGGAUCUGGAUCAGCAUCGGCAUCUGUAACAAUGUCGUCUCGCCCCGUAUCAAGACCUGUAUCAAGACCGGUAUCAAGACCUCUUUCUCAACAAUCUAGCAGAUCGUCAAACUGGUCGUCGUUUAUUAAUCACUCUGCCCUCGAGAGCUUCUCUCAAGAAGAACGCAAUAGACAGGAAGCGAUUUUUGAAUUGAUCAAGAGUGAAUCGGUAUACGUGAAGGAUCUCACUGCAAUAGUUGAAGUCUACCUGGCUAACUUGAUUAGAGAGGUGGACGGACAGUCGAUCGAGAUAGUCUUCUCUAAUAUAGAGGAUAUUCUCCUCCUUCAUGCUACUUUUGUCAGCGAUUUAGAAAUGAGACAACGCGAUGAAAGGCUGUAUAUAUCCCAAAUUGGGGAUCUUCUCGAUAAACACUUGAGCAAUUUAGACAUAUACAGGCGGUACUGCAGCAAUCAGCACAAGUCUAUAAAGGUGCUGCAGACAUUGCAGAGAAAGAAUUACAGGCUUUCGCAGAAUCUGACCAGGUUGAAGGAAGACCCCACAAGCAGGAAUCUGGAACUAUCUACGCAUCUGCUUUCACCCAUGCAGAGGAUAACUAGAUACCCACUCCUCAUUAAGCAGAUACUCAAAUAUACCGAGAAGAACACGCUCGAAUACGCAUCUAUUGAGAGGGCGCUCGAUGAGAUUGAAGGGUUGCUGUUGGCGGUGAAUGAAGAUGUGCGUGUGCAGGAGUCUCACACACGCUUGCAAGAGAUAUCCAACUCGCUUGUGAUGGGACAAAAGAUCGAGUUGGAGAACACAAGUUCAUCAAAGAGGUUACUCAUCAAGGAAGGAGAGCUUGCUAAAUCCAAAAGCAACAAGAUUAUCCACGUCGUGCUUUGUAACGAUAUUAUACUCCUGAUCAAUGUGACGGAGCGGACACUCUACAAGCUUCCGAUACCACUGUGCGAGAUUUCGGUAUCCGCACAUCCUAGACGUGAGGAUGUCCUCUAUUUAGAUCUCGCAUAUCCCCGUGGAGGUGAGAACAUAGCAUUGAAGACUCUCGACAGGAAUGCUUGGAUUAACACUAUCAAUUCGACCAAGAAACUCUACAGGCAAUAG